AGUCUCCUAUUGAUGCUACACAAGCAGGACUAAUCCAAUACGCCGAAAGAAUUAAGGUCUGCUGUUACAUACAACCGCUGCUCUGAAUCUGAAUCGAAGAAGUAUGCAGCUAAUAAAGCAAUGGAACAUCAAAGAAUAUGCCGGAGCGUUUGUCAUUCUCGGCUUGAGAUCGGAUCAACAUUGGCGUCGGCCAGAAGAUCGAUGUUAGUUAGGCUACAGUCGUGAGAUUGAGAUUGCAGCAGAGCGGAGACGUCGACGUAUGAAGAGGAAGUUAUUAUUGCCAUUGAUCCCUCAAGAGACCGUGAAUAAACGACCCUUGCACUUUGCGACAUGGUUGAAUACCAUGAUUGGCGCGAUGAAGACGAUUCAUCACCAGAACCAAUUCCACCGAUGUUGAAAAGGAAUACCAAACGGACGUCAUCAAAGUGGAAGCAACAAGUCCGAGGAACGAAACGGAUGCAGGUAUUAUCGUGGUAGGCGCUCAUAGCGAAUGCGAUGACUGUACGCUGUUCGGUUGCUUUUCAUUGGAAUCGAGUUACCAAAUAGCCAAAGACGGUUAUCAGCAGGCAAUCCAGGUUUAAAGAUUGGCGAAGCUGUGACUGAUCCAAUAAAGAAACACGUCACCCCGGAAAUGGCCAGGAUUGUUGGAAAGCCUAAGUUUCAGAAAACAAAAACAAAAACAACAAAUUUGGUUAUACAGUAAGUACUAACGAGUCUCGGUACUUACGUUGUAGCUCAGACUGCAGCGAUCUUCUUUCAGCCCCGGAAAAAUUUGAUAGACUCCAGUUAUGCUUUAGAGUCAUCGCUUUCGGGCCACAUCCAGCACAUCUGGUUCAGAACUUUGCACAAGGCUAUUGUGAACCGUUGGCACACAUUUGUUUUUCCUCCCCGGAUUCGGUGGAUGCAGAUGCAAACCAAUGUCCAGCAGGAAGGAUAACCAGAUGCGUUUAGCAACCGUGUUCAAAACUUUCGCGGCAAGUUCAGAACUAUCGCGGCAAGUUCAAAAGUUUACGCACGAUGAGUUUGAUAUUCGGAUGAGCGAUGCAACAGUCAUGCCAGAUGCCGCGGUACCCGUUAUCAUAAAGGCACGACGUGAAAACAGGUCUCUUCGAAAUCUGGCUUCCACAAGUUUUCCUUUUUCCGCGAGAGGCGGUCAUUCUAGAAUCUUCUCAACGAAGUUAUUGGUUAAAAUUUCAGCAUGGUAGCCUGAAAGCAGUGAACAACCAAACAGAGAAGGAAUCAGUGGCAUAUUGCCGCAUAUUAUAAAGAGGAAGACCCCAAUGACCAAUGUUUAAAUCUAUGUGAACACAUACCUUUACGAGACAAAAUACCGUCACAUCAUGAUGUUUUUCCAAACCCAAUUGUGAGAUCUCAUAAUUUGGUUCUGACAUAGCAUGGCGACACAAUGAUAUCUUUAGCAAAGGCGGGACAUAACUUCAACUGUGUUCGUAUACGUUGCUACUUGGGUUACCCUUAUGUAGCAAUAAAAAGGCCCGACAAAUAGGUACGGCCACCAGUUGGAUCGACGACUCGACUCGCUAUCUCUGGGUCGACUUUCACGGCAAACUUCGCUAUUACUCACGAUGCUUCUUUCUUCUCGGGUUGUAGCCCUGCUUUUCUUCAUUGUUGGUUUGCGUGCCGAAUGGUUUUCUGAAGUGGACGAUCGUAUGAAACAAUUUAAUGCCAGUGGAUCCCCUGCUGUGGGAGGGGAAUUUCCGUAUAUGUCUCUUUUGCUGCUGAAUGGCGAUUUAUGCGAAGGAACUUUAGUUGGACCUUCCCAUAUCUUGACUGCAGCUCAAUGUGUAUUCGGGUUUUCUACAACAGAUGCCACCGACUUCCAAGUUUUGUUGAACACGCUCACAACGGAUGGCGACGCAGGAGUCGUCAACGUAGGAGUAACGAAUUUUAUAAUUCAUGAAAAUUUCGACCCAAUUACCAUGGAUAACGACGUCGCUCUAUUGGUCUUACAAUCAUCAGUUACAGAUGUGCCAACUGUUACCCUUCCAGAUAUACCGCAACCGAUAACAACUGAACCGACCACAAUACCAACUACAACAACUAAAACAACCACGACCAAAAUGCCCACAACAACUACAACAACAACGACCAAAAUGCCCACAACCACGACCAGAAUGCCCACAACAACUAAAACAACAACAACGACAAAAAUGCCCACAACAACUAAAACAACAACAACGACAAAAAUGCCCACAACAACUAAAACAACAACCACGACCAAAAGGCCCAUAACAACUAAAACAACUACAAAGACGACCACAAAACCAAAACCAACAACAACAACUAAGACGACCACAAAACCAACAACGAAAACAACAACUAAGACUACCACAAAACCAACAACGAAAACGACGACCAAAAAACCAACAACAAAACCCACCACAAAACGCACAACAACUAAAAAGAAAACCAGAUUUCUAGAAUCGAUUUCUGAUAUAGUACGUUCUGACGAUUUGUUGAAUGGUAAAAUAACUAAUCGAGCCUCCAGUUCGUAUGCUGAUAGCCCGGCCGUCAUUAUUGGAUGGGGAACAACAAUCUAUCCAGGAGGAACCCUUUCAAAUACAUUAUUAAAAGCUGAUGUCAUUGUGGAGGACAAUGAAAUCUGCGCCAGUCAAUAUGCUGAUUUCGUCGGCGAUAAUAUGCUGUGUGCCACGUUUACAGGAUCUGUAAACCCGCCAACGGAAAACCCGAUUAUUACAACGAAGGUUCCGAUUAUUACAACGAAGGAUCCGAUUACUACAACGGUGGUUCCGACUACUACAUCAGGAAACCCUCGACCGCCAUCAACGGCCAAUCCGUUGUGUUCACCAGCACUCUCGGACUGGGCAACUGAAUUAGUGUCACUGGGAUAUUUAUUCAAUAGAACUGCUGGAAGGGUACACAAGAGGGCAAACACUUGCGAGCAGGGUCUCGACAUUGGCGGUCCGCUUUUCGUUGAUGGAGUUCAAGUUGGUAUAAAUUCCUUCGGCUACAAUGUUGAUUGUGCUGAUCCUAAUUAUACCGGCUUAUACACCCGAGUCACCGCUUAUCUUGAGUGGAUUGCAACUACGAUGGCUAACAAUAUGUAGAAAGGUGAAAUAAUGGCGAUUCGUCAUGACUAUAAUCUAUUCAAACUGUCUGCAUGAUUUUAUUUUGUCAUGAAAUUGGGUUUAUCAAAUUAUUUCCUUCCUUUUUUAUCAUCUAGUUAUUGAUUAGCAUAUAUUUUAGUGUUUCAUGUGUGUUGGGUGUAUUAGUUAUGCGUAAUGGAAGUACACAAUAAAACCAAUUUUUAUUGAGCAA